AUGGAGGCGAGGGAGCUAUUGGCUCCAGCGUUGGGUGCGGUCAUGAUCCGAGGAAGCGAAGCCGUGCCUCACGCGGCGUCCGAAUCCCCUGCUAUAGGAGAGAUCGAUCGCCGGGAGAGAGGUGGGGUUGGCGCAAUUUUUUUCGUGAUGCGGAAUGCUGUUGUGGUUCACGCGAGCAUCGUUCGAGAUCGUGCGCCUCAAGAUGGUGCCGCGGAGAACGCCUCUCGAUGGGUCGAUGAUGGGCGAGCCGACCAGCGACCACGGAUCGUCAGAGUAGCACCACGUGCGGAAAUGCGGGUGCAACUGGAGGGUGGGAGGGAAAGGCGCGAGGUGUCAAGAUGGGAAGGCGAUGAGGGGGGAGCCGAAACAACAAACACUCGCAGCCAAUCCGCAGGGAUCCCGGUCCGGCGAGAUCGUUCAGGCACACGCGCGUAG